AUGUACCACCCGGAGACGCCCUCGCGCGUCCUCCGCCAGAUCCAAGAACUCGGGCAGGCAUCGCUCCCCGACCUGCCAGACCUCCCCUCCGAGCUGCCAUCCUUCUCAGAGACAGACGCAGAGACCACAUUCGCCCACUCGCCUGUCAAGCCGCCCCCUCAGCCGCGGAGUGAGGGGCGCGAGAACAACCCUCGCUCGACUGCCGUCCGUCAACAGCACGACUCGCUCGCCAACUCGUCGCCGUACACGUCUACCCCUGCCCCGACAGCCUCAUACCACACGACUCAGUCGACUAUCGUCCCGGCCUCGGCGCAGAGCGGGCGAGGGAACGACACGACCGCGACGAUUGUUGGUCCGGCGAGGACUGGCUUGGCGAGACGGGCAGGCUCGCCCUCGAACGGAGCGUACGCUCCUCCCGAAGCAGAGACGGAUGAGGAUGAGCCGACGUUCGGGGCGGACGGGAUGGGCGGAGUUGAGCGACGGGAAGUGGACGACUCGCGAGACGAGAUGGUCGUCUUGAGCGGGAGCGGCGGCGAGGACGACCUUCCGCAGCCAUUAGGGGUCCAUGCCUCCGUGCCGAUGGGGAUGAGUGCGGAGCUCUCGGCGUUGCCGCCCGCGCGGCCAGACGAGCAGGACGAGCAGGACGAGACGGAGGACAGGACGAGUUUCCACAGCGGUCCGGCGAGUGAGGAUGAGGGUUUGCCUCGCCCUCAUCCGCUUGAUCCGCUCGGUGGGAUUGAUUCGCCGCCAGCGACCGUCCGGAAACCGACUCCCGAUGCCGCCAACAACAUCCUUCCCGACGCUCUCACCCCUCUUCGACACCGCGACGAAACCGUCGAGUCGAGCGUGGCCUCUCCCGAGAUCGGCCGCAAAUCCUCUCCCCGUCACUCCCCUCACCACUCGCUCGACCAACUCGAUUACGAUGCAACCCCCGCUCGUACCUACUCGAAAUCCCCUUCGCCCGCACUCGCGCAUGCGACGCCCAAGUUCGACUCGCCUAUCGCGUCGUUCAACCUGCACGAGCCGUCGACGCCGAUGGUCAACCAGUCCGCGGCGCAGCGACGCGCUCAGCACGUCUUGACGACUUUGCGCUCAACUGCGAAGCCUCGUUUCGCUCGCGGAACUCCUCACCCUCUCCGCUCGGUCCGGAAAUCUUCGCCUUCGACUGCCGGCCGCAGCGAAGACGGGGAGGAAGAGCGUACCUCUUCAUCUUUCGCGUCCGACCGCUCUUCAAACGACUUGACGACCUUCCACAAAGCCAACACGUCGCUUCCGUCUGGCGGUACGGCCGACAUCGGUUCAGCAGGCGGUCCAGGCGCGCGCUUCAAUGGCGCGAAAUUGAACGCCUACUUGCACUCGCUCAACACGCACUUGACCGAGGAGAACCAGAGUCUCGUCAAGACCUUGCAGCGCACGACAAAGGAUGUUGAGCGGCUGCAGUCGGAGACGAGGAGGCUCGAGGACACGAUUCGCGAGAUGAGCGUGGCGGGAGGGAUCAGCGUCGAUGUCUCGACCUCGCGGGUGCGGAGCAGGACGGAGAGUAUUGCUGAAGAGGACGAGGAAGGUGCAGAGCAUAGUCGAGUCGAGAUGCUCGGCAAAGAACUCGAGGGUCUCGUCCAUGGCCAGCGCAAGAUUAGGGGCUUGCAGGACCGGCUUGGCGACGAGUUGGGCGAGAAGGACGCCGCAAGUCGGAUCCGCGAGCUCGAGGAGGAAGUCGAGCGUGCGAAUGCGCUGCUUGACGACAAGGACGACGAGAUCCACCGUUUGCGCGACCGCGUUGUCCGGAGCGGCGAUAACUCGGACCAGUCGAUGCAGGCGUCCGACUUGCAGCGCGAGGUGUUCGACCUCAAGGACCAGCUGGACGACGUCAAGGCCGAGCGGGACGUCCUCCGCGCCGACCUCGACAAGCUGCAGGCCGACUUCGCCAAGGCGGGCGAGGCGAGCUCGAACGACUUCGCGGCCCUCCAACGACGGACGGACGAGCUUCUCGCCGAGCUCGAGGAGAAGGACGUCGAGCUCGACGGCGCGAAGAAGCAGAUGGAGGAGCAGGAAUCCGAGUUUGCGGACAAGAUGGAGGAACUGGAGAAGGAGCUGUGCAGGGUUAUGGAGGAGCAGGAGGCGAAGGUCGAGCGUGCGAGAACCGAAGUCGAGGCGAAGUGGGCAGAGGAUGAGGAGGUUCGGCUGCAAGAGCGGGAGAAGCUUGAGCGUGUCGAGCGGGAACGGGACGAGCUCGAGCGCAAGCUGCUUGAGGGAGGAUCGGAUGUCGCGCUCGACAUGGAGGACAAGGUGCACGCCCUGCGCGAACAGGUCGCCAGCCUCGAGGAGCAGACGGCGUCGCUCCGGUCCGACAUCGCCGCUCGCGACGAAGAGCUCGUCAAGAUGCAGGAGGAGCUCGAGGCGGCCGAGCAGCGGGUUGACGAGCUUGAGCACGAGCGCACGAGCGGGCCAGUCGACGGCGACCUCGACGAAUUGCGACAGCAGCUGCGACAGCGCGACGAGGAGCUCAAGCAACUCGAGGAUGCGCUCGAUGACUCGGCGCAACAGCUCGUCGACAACGAGACUGUGCUCGCCGAGAAGGAGGAGGCGCUCGCUACGCUGCGCGCCCAGCUUGCCGACGAGCAGGAAAAGCGCGCCUCUCUCGAGACGAGGCUGUCGCAGCUCAGCGUGCCAAAGGCGAAGUCUCCCCUCGCGAACGAGGUCUUCAACCACGAGCGCGACGAGCAAAUUGCUGCGCUUGAGGAAGAGCUCGAAGCCGCUCGAAGGGAGACGGACGAUCUGCGCCAACAGCUCCUUGCCGGCGCCAAGGAGGAUCAGUCGGCCGUGCUCCGCGACAUGGAGAUCAAGCAGCUCGAGACGGACAAGGCGAACCUCGAGGACCGCGUCAAGUCGCUUCGCCAGCAGGUCUCGACGCAGUUUUCCCCGAACCGGACGCCCGACAAGUCGUUUCACCUCCGUCCCCUGCCUGCCGUCUUCACGCCCAAGACACCCGGUCAGCUCUUCGGCAACAUGUCGGCAUGGAGCCCGAACAGCACGGCGAACGAAACGAUGUCGCCUCUCCUCGCCCAGAUCCACGAGCUCGAGGAGGUCAUUGACAUGCUCAAGUCGCAGCUCAGCGACGCGAACGCCCAGAUCGACACCAAGCUCGAGAGGCUUGAAGCUGCCGGCUCGGGCACGAUCUCGCUCGCCAGGCAGCUGUCGGACGCGCAGACUCGCAUCGCACAGCUCGAGGACGAACUUGAGCGACUGCUCGGCCAAGGCGGAUCGCUCGAACGGGUCAGGACACGGCUGUCGAAGGUUCACUGCCCGGAGUGCCAGGCGUCGUUUGACGCAAACAAGAGCGUCCAGCUGCGCAUCAGCCGGAGUGGCAUCACCUUCUCCGAGUCGUCCGCUCAGUCCAACACCCAGUCGCUCAAGGCAACGCUCGCCAGCGUUAACGCCAAGCUCGACGAACUCCGCAUCGAGAACGAGGUCUUGCGAGGCCAAGUCGGCCACUCGAAGGACCUCGUCGCCGAAAAGGCUGUAUGGCAGAAGCGAUACGAUGCUCUGCAGCGAGACCUCCGACAAGCGCGCGACGAGAUUGCAGUCCUGGAGACCGACCUUCGCACCGAGCGCUCGAAGCUGCGCAGCCUCUCGACAGACCAGGCUCACGCCGGCAAGGCCAAGGCUGCGCUCGACGCUACGAAGGCGGACCACGCGGCGACACAGGCGCAGCUCGAGCGACAGAUCGCCGAGAUCCAGUCUCUCCGCGACGCUCUUCACACCAAGGAGGCCGAACAGCGACUUCUGCAGGACGAGCGGGGCGACAUCUUGCGCGGUGUCGCCAACCUCCAGGCGGACCUCAACCGAGUCAGGCAGGACGCCGUCAGCCUCGGCCUCGACCUGGCAGCUGUGCGCAAGGAGCGCGAUGAGCUUGGCAGGAAGAAGGAGAACGAGGAUGCCGAACUCGUGCGCGCUCGGGAGGAGCUGUCAAUCGCCAAGCGCAAACUCGUCGCGCUCGAACAGCAAGUCGCCAAGCACGUCUGCUCCUCGACCGACGCGGUUUCGCCGGAUGUGGCCGAACUCCAGGCAAAGCACAAGUCGGAAGUCAAGGGUCUGCUCGUCCUCACGCGACAGCUCAAGGUGCGAGUGUCGCGGGAGCUCGCCUUCCGCGCGCAAACCGCCGCUCAGAAGCGUUACCUCGAGAACGUUGUCGCGGAGAAGCAGUCGACCAUCGACUCGAUCUUCACACAGCUCCACCUCCCGUCGCCCGCCACGUCUUCACGCCCGAAGCCUACCCUCCGCAGCGUCGCCCUCGCCGUCGUCUCGCUCUCCCGCAUGUCCCGCCUUGCACGGCAGUGGAAGGAUUUGUCGGCGCCGAAGAAGCGACUGCGCGACCAGGCAUACCCGGAAGCUCGCGGUCGACCCUUCCCCGGAUAA